CUGUCCCAGCGGCUGCAGGUGUGGCAGCAGCUGGCAGCCAGCUGUGGGCUGAGCACGGUGCAGCAGGGCGUCCAGCAGCUGUGGAGGCUGCUGCUGCUCUGCCUCGUCUGCAGACUCUGCUUCAGACUGGGAGGCGUGUCCACUGUGAAGCAUGUGGUGUCCGUGCUGGCCGGGAUGUGCGCCCUCUUCCUGUUCUUUGAGCAGCACAUGCUGUGGGUGCUGCUGCUCAGCGCGCUGUGUUACCUGGCUCUGCUCCUCAGCCCACGCUCCGGCAGCAGGGGCCUCUUCCUCUCGGCUCUCAUCCUCGCCUACCUGCUCGUUGGAGAGUUGCAUUUAAUUGACAUGGUGACCUGGCAUAAAAUAAGAGGCUCUCAGAUGGUGGUGGCCAUGAAGGCCAUCUCUCUAGCCUUUGACCUGGACAGAGGCGCGGUGGGCAGCCUGCCCUCCCCAGCUGAGUUCCUGGGCUAUGUUCUCUUUGUGGGCACAGUUGUCUUCGGUCCUUGGAUCAGCUUCUCCACUUAUAAGAACGCCGUUGAGGGCAAAAAACUGAGCUGGUCGUGGCUGCGCGGCUCCUCCCUCAGCCUCCUGAAGAGCCAGAUCUGUCUGGUGGUCUCCACCUGCGUGGCCCCGUACCUCUUCCCUUUGGUAAUCCCCAUCCACGGAAACGCAGUGCCACAGAAGUGGCUGCAUGCGUAUGAGAAUGCGGUGUCCUUCCACUUCAGUAACUACUUUGUGGGUCACCUGAGCGAAGGCACCAGCAUGCUGGCUGGAGCCGGCUUCACGGAAGAAAAGGAAAACAUCAGAUGGGAUAUGAGUGUGGUGAAGCCUCUCAGUGUGGAAAUGCCUCGCUCCAUGGUGCUGGUGGUGACGUCCUGGAACGUCCCCAUGUCCCGAUGGCUGAAAACCUAUGCCUUUAAAAACGCCAUGAAACUGGGGACUUUUCCAGCCAUCCUGGUGACGUACACAGCCAGCGCCCUACUUCAUGGUCUGAGCUUUCACCUGGGAGCUGUUCUGCUGUCUUUGGGCUUCAUCACAUAUGUUGAACAUGUUCUGAGAAAGAAGCUGGCCUGUGUGUUGAGUGCGUGUGUCCUGUCCAGGCCCUGCCCCUCUGACUGCAGCCACCAGCACAAGAAGGAGUAUUGGGUGAUGUUGCUGAACCUGGUUUUCAGCCUCCUGGCCAUCUUCCACCUCACCUACCUGGGCUCCAUGUUUGAUCCCGGACUGGAUGAACAGGAAGUGGAAGAGGGUUACACCGCCAUCCACACCAUCCGGAGGUGGUCCGAGCUGAACUGGGCCGGCCACUGGGUGGUGUUGGCCUGCUGGCUCUUCUACCGCCUGAUUCAGUGACGUUGGAGGGGGGGGAGGCUGGCAGACACCACAGGCUUCCCAACGCCAUGUCAGGAUGUUAUUGGAUGGGGUACCAAGGACCAGGACGUGCUCCAGCUGGAGGACUGCGUCUGUGCUGGGGUGGGGGUG